UCCUGGGACGUCUCCAAGCAACCAGAACCUGACGCAACCCUGUUCCCGCCCCUUCUCCGGUGGCCCUCUGCUAAAGAAGAACAAGUGGACCGUGUAUCUGUGAGGGAUGAUAUGAACGAGAGAGCGGGCUGGAGGUGGUCGUCACUUAUGUCGCUGCUUGAACUACAAGUUGGACUGCUGAAGGGGGAUUCCUACAAGAUCUCAACACACUCUGCUUCCAACACUCUAAUGGAGAUUUCAAAGAACUUUAAAGAAAGACAGUAAAUGCAGGAAGGACAAAAAGCUACAAUAUUUGUAAAAAACAAAAGAGGUCACCAAUGAAGAGAAGAUAUCUUUAUCUAUUUUUAUUUUGACACAUUUUUUUAGGAGCGUUUUCUAACAGAUUAAUGAUGGAAACUGCCUCAGAUUCUCAGAUUAUUGUGGACAAGGCUAGUGUCCUGGAGGAAGCAGAAUGUGGGGAGGACGUGGAUCUGACCACUGAUGACUAUCUCAUGAACUUGAAGGCCUUGACGGAGAAACUACGACUGGAGACUAGGAGACCUUCAUAUCUGGAGUGGAAAGCCCGGCUCGAGGCGGAAAGCUUCAGAGGGUCCAGAAUUGAAAAAGGCCCAAUCCAAUUGGAACCUGAGGGGACAAUUGUCCUCUCCAAAGAGAAAGUAGUGAAGUCUGAUGUGAUGCAGUGCAAGUUGCCAUCAGGUGUACUGAAGGGAUUCGGGAACAUAGAUGAAGCUCUCUGUUGGCUGAGGAGAGAACUGACAGACAUGCGCUUGCAGGACCAGCAGCUGGCGAGGCAGCUGAUGCGGCUCCGCAACGACAUCAACAAGUUAAAGAUAGAGCAGACGUGCCACCUGCAUCGCCGCAUGCUCAAUGACGCCACCUUUGGCCUGGAGGAGCGGGACGAGCUGUCGGACCUGCUGUGUGAGUGUCCUGUCACCCCGGGGCUCGGCCUCUCGGCCCCGCUGAGACUCAUCGGCGUCACCAAGAUGAACAUUAACUCUCGACGCUUCUCGCUCUGCUAGUGGUAGUGAUGGCACUUACUUACUCACUCACUCACUGUUUAUGCUAUCUUUGCUCCAGUGCAACACGAAAGUCCUGGCCAUUCAUUAGAUUGUGGUGAAAUCCUUUUGACCACAAUAUUAUGAGGAUAAAGCCAGAUGGAACCUCGUUUUACAGUCCCUAUAAUCAGAGAGAUAGAUUUAGGUCAUGUACUGUAUAUAAUCUAGAAAGACGACUGUAAGUUUAGUAGGUACGUACAGUAUGGAGUGUUUACCACUAGACUAUACGGCAGCUAUAUAGAGAUACAGAAGAAGAGUUUAGACCUUUAGGCCAUUAUGACUCAAAAUUGACUAUUCUCCUUAAUGUUUUACCACUACAGAAUAGAAAUCUCAAGCCCGUCCACUUAAGCCUUAUCAGUUAUACUAUUACCGUAUAUAUUUCCAUAAAUGUUGUUUUGCUGGGACUGUUUUGCUGGGUUUUAUCUACAAACUGAAAUAAUCAAGCACAGGUUAAAUAUUUAAAUGUGUAAAUAUAGAGACCUGUCUGUAUGUUUUCAGUGACAGUCAAGAAUAUGUUUUUUUCCACUUCCGGCAUCUUAAUCUAAAUGUAUUGUGCUUUGAUAAAGGUAAAAAGAUGUCUUACUAUUGAUACAAAUUGUAUACUAUACCCAAUUUAAGUUAGCGCGUAGUUGUACCAAUUUAGCAAGGACUGCUUUUUUUGUAGACUAUGAUGAAAAUGAUUUAUUCUUUAUAACGAUUGUCAGAUUGCACUAGUUGGGGAUCUUACAAUGGUUUGCUGAAGUCUGCUUCUUAUAAGUAAAGAUGCAUUUAGCUCUUGGUUGGAGCUUUGUGUGAGUUCAAGCCAGGACGUAACCAUUUUAGAUGGUAUUGUUUGUCUGGAAGAACACCAUGGUUUAGCAUUACGGAUAAACAUUGAAUUCUUCUAGUGUGUACCAAAUGACAUGAUCAUGUGGAUGUUGUUUUGAGCCUUCUGAUACAUCUGCAGUUAUGAUGGGAUAUAUCAUUUCAUACUACUUUUCUUGCAUUUGAAAUGUGAGUUAAGUAUAGUCCUGAGUGUCAGGGUUUGAGGUGCCCCUCCUUGUGGCCCAGAUAUACUAUAAUACAAUCUGAAUAAAACCAGCGAUUUAAAGCUCUCUCACACACCACAUGUGCAACAACCGUGGUACCAAUAGAGUUUUGACAACCAAAUGACGAAGUUCUCACUGGGGUCUACACAGCUCAGACUGCUCCAACAUUAUAAAAUUAGCUUUUUGGUCUUUGUCUCAGUUUGCCCUGAGACAAAGACUGUAAAGUGUCCUCUAUAUGUUGAGCCACAAUGCCUC